AAACGAAAAAGGAAUAAAGGGGGAAAAGGGUUACGAGGUUUGAUCGAUCGGUGGUCGCGGUGUCGGGGGAGAGCGGCGACAUGGCGGACUGGGACGGCGCUUCGGACAGCGAUCUGAAGGCGGCGGGGGCGGAGCCGCUUUCUGACGGGCGGCGCGGGCUGCGGCUCAAGGGUUGGCACAUCGAGUCCAUCAAGCGCCCCAUCCUCGGCUCGCUCGCCCGCCAAGAGCUGGAAGAAAAGCUAGGAACAUCGCACUUGCCUGAAAUGGUGUUUGGAGAUAGUUCUUUAUUUCUUUUACAUGUGGGAACUGGUAUUAAAUUGCACUUCAAUGCAUUUGACGCUCUAAUGGGUUGGAUGCAAGAAGCACUGCCACCGGUUGAGGUCCCUGCUGCUGCAAAAUGGAAGUUCAGAAGCAAACCUUCACAGCAAGUGAUUCUCGAUUAUGAUUACACAUUUACAACACCAUAUUGUGGCAGUGAAACAUCAGAAUCAGAAUUAGAAAAGACAAUUCUAGAAGAUGGUUGCUGCAGUCUUCACUGGGAGGACUGUGACGAGCGAAUUGAUCUGGCUGUAUUGUCAAUGAAAGAACCAAUCCUGUUCUAUGAUGAGGUAGUUCUCUAUGAGGAUGAGUUGGCUGAUAAUGGAGUAUCACUCUUAACUGUAAAAGUGAGAGUCAUGCCUAGUUGCUGGUUUCUUCUUCUGCGUUACUGGCUUAGAGUUGAUGGAGUAUUAAUGAGACUAAGGGAUACUCGAGUUUAUUGUUCUUUUGCUAGCGAUGACAAAGUGAAGCCUAUCAUCAUUCGAGAGAACUGCUGGAGAGAAGCAACUAUUGAAAGUUUAUCUGUCCAAGGCUUUCCUUCUGGUUCUGCAGCAUAUGCGGAUCCAAAUCUUAUCAGUCAAAAUCUCCCUAUAGUCAAAAAUAAAACCCAAAGGCUGAAGAUUCCCAGUUCCUUAUCAGAACAUGAUGGUGGGAAUUUCAAUGUAUCCGAGAAGCAGCUCUGAAGUUUGCUACCUAUACAAUGUUUCUCUACCAGUAAAAAAGAAAAGAAACUUCAUUUUAGGACAAUUUCUGGAUUUGCCACCAUGGUACUGUGCACGUCCAUCAUCCUAUUAUGCUUUUCUUUUCCUGCACUAUUGCAUCAUUCACUGCUUAGGACUGCACCUCCUCUUGUAAUGAUAUACUUCAAAUGCUUCAAUGUCUACAGGCUCACUAUUAUGUAAAGGCUUAUAAAAUUCUAGGAAAUGGACAAUGUUAGAAGUUAUUGCGCUUUGAGUAAUUAAAUCACAGGAUUGUGCA